AAUCGUUUGUUGUGAAACUGAUCGGUUUAGUUCCGAAGGCGUUCGCAAAAUCGCAUUUAAUUUUACUAAAAAUUCAUUAUUCAGUUCAAUUUCUGGUGAAAAAUAAUUUUUAAACAGUUUGAAAUUCGAGCAAUAGCUGAACCAUGCUCGGUGUGGCCAAAUUAUGUCCUAUCUUUUGAGUUCCAAAGGCAGACAACAACAGCAGCCUUCGAAGAAAACCAUUUUCUCGACGCAACAGCCAUCACAAAAGGAAGGAUCGCUUGCGGCGGACGUAUCGUCGAACCAGGUCGCCAGUCUUCCGCCAAACGUGAACGGUCGCCGGCGUGGGACGUUGGAGCUUCAGUUGGGUAGCGUUUGCUGGAAAGGAACCAAGAGUUAUCCGGCCGUCGAGCUUCGAUUGUUGUGGUGGGGGCAAAGGCAGCAGGAACGAGGAAGCUUCGGAAGCCAUUGUCAGGAGCAAAUUUUGCGGUGGGAACAGGGGAAGCCAGCUGGUGGUGCCGCGGAUAGAGUUGCCUAUCGGGUGCUGACCAGUGACGAUCUUUUUCGGAAAUAUCUACGGGCUGCGGAACCGAUUCAGAUCCACUUGCUCUCUAGCCGGACGCAAACCCUAAUCGGUACGGCACAGAUUCCGGUCCCGGGAAAGAUUAUCAAUUUCAAAUCCGGCCCCCAGCAACCGUUGUUGGAAGCGUCCGGUCGCGGGGAGAUUUUCAGCAGCAGUCGAUUCAAUCUGGGUGAACUACAGCUGCAGUUUCGAUUGGCAUUUGAUCCAGUUGAAGUUCGCCAAAAACCUUUAAACGACAAGGAAAACUUAUCCAUCAACCCGAGGAAUAAACCGGAGAUGGUUCAGACGCUGGUCAAAAGUUCUUUACCGGUUGUUAUGCCGGCUGAUGUUCAUGACGGGAAACCACUGAGCGUGGAAGGUGUUCCGGUUCCACUGCACCAGGGUAGACCGAAAUCUGUCAAAACAUUUCGUUCCCUGGAUAACGGUUCUCGAAACACCAUUCUCAACUAUCUGUCCGGCAAGCGCCUGUCGGGUUCCGAAGAUGAGGAAGCUCUAAGCGAAAUUUGUUCCGUUUCGCCGGCGGAGAGUAUGCUGGAAGCGCUGGCCAAGUAUGAUAGCGCUCCGAAGGCACGAAAGGACGACUAUCUGCGAGCGGUGGAUUCCGUUCGGAUGGCCGUCGAAUGUUUGCGGUUUACUAAGGCCGGACUGAAGGAAAUCGUUCAUCGAUCUAAGGCGGGUGGCUUCCAGCUGGGAGAAGUCGGGGUAAUGAUUAAGGUGAGGAUAAGCCCCGGAUCGGUGUGUAGUUCCAAGAUUCGGUUUGGCCCGGUUCCGAUCGGAGAAGCUGGGGAGAUCGCUAUCGAUGGGAAAGCGAAUGCCAAGAUUGUCCUCCCUAAGAACUAUAGAACGAUGCAGUUUGAGUUUAUGGUGUAUCUGAGUAUGGCACCAGCAUUCCAUCGAAGGGCGACAGUUGGAAAACAGAUUUUCGUUGGAUCUUCAAUUGUUAAAAUGGAGGAGCUGAUCGAACAUCGACUAGCUUGUUACAAAAAAUGUCCUGUAAAUUUGUCGUCCGAUGAUAUUCUGUUGGGGAGUUUGACUGUAAGAUUAGAACUCGGGGCCCGAAAUAUUCAUUUCGGUCCGGAGUUAAUCGAUGCAUUUAUGUUAGAUAAGGAGAAUGUGACGAUAAGCAGUAGCAGUAGCUCAUCGAGUGAAAGCGACCUGCCAGAAACCGUCUGUUGGGAAUUUAAAUCCGUUGAACCGAAAUGUUCCCGGGUGAUUCACGAAUGUCGAAGCCAUCAUUGUCAUCGACCGUUGGUUUGCAGCCAAGGAGACCAAAGCCCAAGUGGAUCGGUUCCGAACAAACAGAACUCGACCCAAGAGACCCAAUCCAAUCAAGGUACUUCAGGAUCUCAAGCCAAUGCGGAUUUGGAUCAGAACCCAUCAAAAGAUAAGGGUCCUAAAGCGAUGGAUACAACGGAAAAUUCCUCGGAUCAGAACAAACCUUUGCUUUACGGAAUGCUGCAUUUGGGACAUCUUAAGGAAGCUCCAGCUCUCGAGGAUGGCGGAUAUUUUCUUGUAGCUCACGGUUUUUGGUCCGACUCCGAAAAUCCAGCGUUGACAACCGAGAUGGGGAAAAAUGGAGAAAGCUUCAACUAUCUUCUCACUUUCCCGGUUUUCCCGAACAAUCGAUUCUUGGAACGGACACGUAAUCAGCACAUGUUAGUCGAACUUUGGCAAAAAUCUCCUGGAGCUGCAGAGAAACUAAUUGGGGUAACUCGCUUGCCUUUGCAUCAGUUCUACAUCGCCUUCCGAGAUGCACAACUGGCUGACCAUCUUUCCCGCGCGAAACUUCCAGUGAUCUCCAUCGAUGGUUGGAGUGGAAUCGGAUCUCCUCUAGCGGGUGAUUCUUGUGGCCAGCUACAAGCUGUGCUAGCUAUUGGUACAGAAAAUCAAAUCGAAUACUUCAAGUUGUCCCGCAAUUUGACGCACACAUCUGGCGAUGCUCCGGUUCCAUUUAACAGACCUAACGUUCCACGUCCUCCUACGUCAGAUUCACCACCAAAUCAAACGCUUAUCACGCCAUCGACGGCCAUUUCGCUACAACGCGCCUUCGAAGACUAUCGCCCGAUCAAUACCACCAAUUCCAACAACAACCCAUCGGGCAAGCAACAAUCCGAAGUGGCCAACAUGUUGUCUGCUUUCAUUGAAAAUCUUGCCCAACGUUUGCCAAUCUCAUCGGAGCGAAGUACCGCCCCAUGUCUGGACAAAAAUUCCGCGGACCCCUUAAUUCAAAUCCUCUCCUCGUCGCCACAUUCGCAGGCCAACUACCCACAGCUGAGAAAGACUUCCGACUUGCUGGAAAACCUCCAAAAGGCCCUCCUGCAACAACCAAACGCACAACUGUCCAAUCUCCUAAGCACUGAGCCUCAACCUCAGUCCCAAAAUCAGGCCCCAAGCCAGAAGGAAGCUACUCCAUCGGCCAACGAUGAAUCCAUCUUGCAAACCAAACCAACAUCGUCAUCCGUUGCAGAAGAAAAACUAUUCUCAGUUUCAAUAGAAAUCGAACAGGCAGUCAAUCUACCGAAGUUAAAGGUCAGCAAGAAGUUCAAUAAACGCAACAAAAAUCGAAACAGUCCCCAGCAGCAGCAAGCAAAUCGGCAGGAAGUGGAACCCAGCGCCUAUGUUACCUUCGAGGGAUUCAAUUUGCAACCGGGAACUCCGAGCACCGUAAAAUCGCACGAGGGUAUCGUUUACACGACACCAGUUAUCGAGGUUAGCUCCAAUCCCCGCUGGGAGAAGAAGUUCGACGUUAAGCUGCCCGUUGAGCUGAUGACGAAUGACGAAAAGCUCUUCAUCUUGAAGGUGUGGCGUAAGCCGGUCAACAACGGAGCCGAUGUGGCCUCGAACAAGAGUCGGCAGCAGCCGGCACCGAUGGAAGAUGCCGUCAUCGGUUUCACCUCCAUCGAUCUGAGUGUGUUCCUUAACGGGUUGCCGAACAUCAUGGGCUGGUACAACAUCAUGGACUUUUCGGGCCGCUGUAACGGACAAGUGAUGGUGAAAAUUCAACCCAAGGAAGACGUUACAGUUUAUAAGCAGCACUUGGACGAAACUAGCAACUUUCAAAUUCCUCUUUCGAUCGAUGUGGACUGUGUAGGAUUGGAUGCUGGAAAUACUUCAUUGAGUCGUGCUUUGAAACGGAAGUUCACGGAGCUGGAACAAAUUUCUCAACGUCUGAAGGCACGCUUGUUCGAUGUAACUGGAGAUGAGAACAUCGAUCCGGAUGACGAAUUUGAGAAAGAUUUGAAUACCGAAGCUGACGAAGGUGAUGAUGACGAUUGGGUUGAUCCCUUGGAAGACACUUCGAAUCAGAAACGCAACAGCCAAUAUCCUAAUGGUGCUCUGACACUGACCACAAACACGUCAUCCUACAGUAUGUCCUGCGAUCGUCCGGCCGCUGGCGAUCGUAGUCUAACGGGAUGUUCGGAUCGCAGCACGGCCGCCCCUUUAUCGGAAGAAUCCAAUACCAUAGCUGAAGUUCAGCAGCAGUUGGAAAACCUACUUAAAACGCACGACCUCGAUACGCUCAUCAAUCCAAACAUUCUACGCAGUCUGAUCAAUCCUGCUGUGUUGUCUACUUCGGAAUCUACUCCAAUGAGCAAUCCCUAUGCCAAUCUACCGGAAAGUGAAUCAUCUGGAGGCACUAGCGUCGACGCAGAAAUGAGCGAAGACUCGCAAGCUUGUGCUUCCGCUGCUUCGGACAAGGUCAAGCUCAUUUCCAGUGCCCUUCAGCGAGCCACAAUUUCAGACGAGGCUGGUGAAAAAUCGAAUUCCGAUAACAACAAACUGGACGAAGCAGCGGCUCGGGAACCGAAACAGCGAGAAGCACCCGAAGGAGAACCGAUGAAGGACACUAAUAAGUAAGUUUUAUCUUUACAUAAAUUUUAUCGCAUCUACGCACCACUAUUUUAUUCGAGUUUGUAUACAUUUUGCCCCCCAACGGCGAAAAUGGAUACCAUUUAGAUUUAAGCUCAAUCACAAAGUAUAAAUAAUGACUACGCUGUUCGAAAUUACUACAUAUAACGCUGGCCAAUUAGCGAGACAUCCUACAAAAAAUAAAUUCAGACACAAUUAACUACAGAAAUACGUACACUUGGACCUAAGCUAGACACAAGAAACAGAUUGAUUAGGGAAAGUGCUUAGACAUUUUAGAAACGAUCCCGACAAGAGGAGUGAUAUAUAGUAUUUGCUGAUAUUUUUUACGUAUGACUAUCUCAAAAAUCCAAUAAAAAGCCGUUUUUGUCCCAAGCUUA